AUGAAAAGGAUUAAAACAACAGUCUUGGGAGAUGAUGGGGUUGGGAAGACCUCGAUGCUUUACUCUUACACGAGCAAGAAGUUUCCGGCGGAUUAUUGCCCCUCUAUUUUUUGCAGCUACGCGGAAAAUGUCGUCGUAGACGGAGUGCCUUACAACCACGGACUAUUCGAUACGGCAGGGAGUGAAGAAUAUGAUCGCCUGCGUCCGCUCAGUUAUCCGCUUACCGAUGUCUUUCUUGUCUGCUUCUCUGUCGAAUCCUUCUCUUCCUUCGAGAGCUGUCGCACUAAAUGGUUUCCCGAGGCUGAGCAUCACUGUCCUGGAGUCCCCCUGAUCCUAGUUGCGAUGAAGACCGACCUUCGUGACAAUGCUGAGACUGUCGAAAACCUGGCGAACGAACACCGUCGUCCUAUUUCUGCAGAACAAGGUUUGCGUCUUUCGCGCGAGCUCAGCGCGUCAAGAUAUGUGGAAUGCAGCGGCCUCACUCAAGAAGGAUUGAAGGAACUGUUCGAUGAGGCAUUUGCAGCUGCAAUAGAGGGGAAAGCAAAGCGAAAGUCACCUUCUCGGUGCACCAUUCUAUGA